AUGUUCCGCCGCGCCAGGUUCAGCGUGAAGCCCAACGUAAGACCGAGCGCGGCCGGCAGAGGCAACAGUGGCCGCGGGAACGCCUCAGUCGCCCCGGCGGCGGACCCGAAAGCCCGGCAUGGCCCGGAAACCGCCCCUGGUUCCGCCGAGGCUGCGGCGAACUCGGGUUCCCAGCCGGGACCUGCCGAAGACCUUCAGCAAGGCCGGAGUAGCAGCGGCGGCAGCAGAGAUGAAAAGAGCAGCAUCCCAAGUGGUGAUGGAGAUAGUAGUAAACUCACAGACACCCCUUUACAAAGACGAAAACGAAUAUCCACGAUGCCCAAUCUUGCUAAGCCAAGGGUUGCACCUCCUUCUGCACGCCGUGCUGUCAGUUCAGCGUCAAAAUGUUCUCAAAAGGAGGUACCUCAUUCUCCUCCUCCUGGUAACUCUGCCCUUCAGAAGGAAUCAUCUUCAUGUGAGAAAGUUAAUCUUGAAAAGUCUCCCAUAUUACCUGAGAAGAAAACACCUCUUCCCCAAGUACCACAGUUUUCUCCAUUUAAAGCAUCUGUUAAUAAGGAGACCAGUCUGACUGUGACGGCUCAUAAAAGUGAUGAAUCUCAGCAGAACAACAUGUCCUCACCCCUCAAAGAGAGACCCACACAAGAAAGUUUGAUUCAGGAGGAAAUACAACAGCCAAAACCAGCAGCAGCAAAGGAGAAAAAUACAUGCUCUGAUCAUGAGAAAAUAUUCAAAGCUAAGAAGCUGAGGCGGCUGCUCAAGGAAGAAUUGAAGAAAGAAAAGCAACAACGGAAAUACAAGUAUCCGAUAAUUGAAAAAAAUAUGCCAGAGGAUCGUUCAAAAAUGAUUAUGAGAGAUUUCAUAUAUUAUCUGCCCGAAAACAAUCCCAUGAAGUCUUCAUUGGUGGAAGAAAAGAAAUCGGAAAAGACUUCGGCCCAAGCAAAAGAACCUGAGGAAAAAAUUGUUGCUGACCAUGAAGAUGAAAAUGAGGAAACGGAGGAAGAAGAGGAAGAAGAGGAUGAUGGCCCCCUUCUAGUUCCUCGAGUAAAAGUGGCAGAAGAUGGCUCAAUUAUUCUAGAUGAAGAGAGUUUGACUGUAGAAGUUUUACGGACCAAAGGGCAAUGUGUGGUGGAAGAAAAUGACCCCAUAUUUGAGCGUGGUUCUACAACAACCUACUCAAGCUUUAGGAAAAGCUAUUAUACCAAACCGUGGUCAGAAAAAGAAACAGAGAUGUUCUUUGUAGCCAUAAGCAUGGUAGGAACUGACUUUUCAAUGAUUAGUCAGCUUUUUCCUCACAGAGCAAGAAUAGAAAUUAAGAAUAAAUUUAAACGGGAAGAAAAGGCCAAUGGAUGGAGAAUAGAUAAAGCAUUCAAAGAAAAAAGGCCAUUUGAUUUUGAUUUAUUUGCAAAACUCCUUGAGAAAGUCCUGGAGAAUGAGAGAAGGAAAAAGGCAAAUGAUGUAAAAUGUCAGCCUCAAAAAGAAAAAACAGCCAAUGAAAAAAAAGUGGCCAAGUCUCAGAAAAAGCAAAAAGCCAAACUUACCAAUGGACAUCCCAGCCUUGGACAGGAUGAUCAGAAUGUCAGAAUUUCUGACGCAGAAAUAGAAGUGGACUGUGGGACUGCAGAAAAAGAGAAUGAAGAGUCUCUUAGCAUCUUGGAACAGACUGAAGGGCAGACAGUAACUGAGUCUGGAGUGAUGAAAAAGAAAAGAAAAAAGAAAAAAAAGGAUUCUGAACAGGGAGCCGAGAACCUUCCUGAAGGAAAAUCUAUUCCUUCAGAAUCUGUGGAGGGAGAAAGACUGAGAAUGGAAAGAAAAAGUAUAUCGUCUAGCACAGAGAACUAUGGCAUCGAUGAAACUGGUGAUGAACUAGAGGCCCCUGAUGGGCAGGCACUUGAAGAAAUUUUUCUCCCAGUGGAAGAAGAUCCACAGUGCUGCAUACAGCUAAAUGAAGGGAUAGAAGGAGAAGAUAGUCUGAUUGUAUCCAGUGUUCAUGGUGGUACAUAUGUUGAAGAGGAGUCCAAGCUACAAGUUUCAGAAGCUAGUUCUGAGCACCUUGUUGGGCAGCUUUCAAACUCUCCAAUUUCUUCAAGCACAACUAAAGAAGGAUUUGAAGGAACCCAUGCAGAAAUGAAUGAAGUAGCUGAGUUAGGUACAUUGGAUGAAAGACACAGUGUGCCAUCAAGAUACAAUGAUAAAACUGAAACGGACACCGAGAGAGCAGCUACUGAAAAGCUCACCAUAAAAGGGCAGCUGCAGAGCCUCGAACCAAACUUAACAAGAACCUCAGAGAAGAGUGAGUCUUUAGAGGACGGGCUCUCUCCUUCAGAAUCUGUGGGUGGUGUAGGAAAGACUGUUUUGGAAGAUAAGGCAGCUAAAAUAACUGGAUCUACCACAGAUGAAUUGACAGAACGAUCAAACAGUGAUGUGGGCAGGGAAUCCCAGACUUUUGAAAAAUCCACAUUACAAGAAAACACCAAACAGACUGUCCAGAGACCUGUGCUUAUAGCAAGAGGGCAAAUGAAGAAACCAAAACCGAAUUUAAGAACGGCUGCUAAAAGGCAAGCAGAACCACCAAGGAGGUCAGCAGCAGCAGAAGAAAAAGCAACAGAAACAACUGUGGAAACCAAGAACAAUCUAACACAACAUGAGUGCAGCAGGAGUGACCUCCUCACUAUGCAAGCCACUGAGGCCACCAAGUAUGAAGUUGACGCGCCACACUCGAAGACCUUAGAAAACAAAGCUGCUGCUACUCCCAAUCAAGUGGGUUUAAUACACUCAAUCAAACCUUCUCUAAACAAGCUAUUAGAAUGUGCGAGUUCUGAGCUAAGAAAGGCAUCUCUGUCGAAUGACACUGUGGAGGAUGCGUCAGAGGCUGUUAGUGGAGCUGCCAGCCUUCAGGAAAUAGAGAAAGAAACAGCUUCUGAAACACAAGAUUGUUCGGAGAAUUUCACUCAGACUCUAAAGAAGAAUUUAGGAGAGGCGGCUGAAAGAAAGGAAGCUUUAGGACCAGAAAAAGAGAUCCUUCAGGACAACCUCUUAACUGGAAGUGCCGAAAAGAAAACAGUACAUCUCAGCAAUGAAUGUGGCAAGCUGACUGACCUAAAUGAAGGAGCAAAAUGUGCAAUCCUGCCAGCUCCACGUUUGACAGAGGGAAACCCUACAGAUGCUCAAGAGUCAAUUGCAAGGCAUGCAACACUUCCGUCUCCCCCAAAUGUUUCAACUCUAGACAGUGGUUUUCCUGUUGAGGUUUCACUGUCCAGAGAUAGCCAGGAAAUACCUUCACUUUGCAAACAGAACACAGAAGAAGAAAGCAAGCAAAGUGCUGUCCGACCAGUGCCACUUCUCAGAAGCAGACUUCAGAGACCCAAACCUAAUAUUGGAAGAGCAGUUGGAAGGAAAGAAAUACAAUCUGCAGAGAAGGAUGAAGUAACUGCAGCAAUCUUAGGAACGGAGAAGUCAAAACUACAAAAAUCUGAACCUAACAGAACUUCCUCUACAGCACUUCAGUUAAUGCUUGGCAAUAAAGUCUUACCUGAAGAAGCCUCAGAGGAUAACCUUUUGGACUGUGAGAAAACGGCUCAGGAAGAUCCUCCAGUACCCAGUACCUCUCAGAAUAUUUCAGAUUGUCGUGCCAUCAGAAAAACCCAAGAGGAUAAACCGUGUACUAUCAAGCCAGCUCAGUUAAUGAGGGGGCGGUUCCAGAAAGCCAGACCUAAUUUGGGGAGGUUGAAUGGCAAGAAGAAAGAACCUAUGUCUGAAAAUGUUAUUGUUCCAAUCGAAGGAGAAAAAGAAAAAACAGAGACCGAGACUGUCAAGAAAGGUGAUCUUCACCCACCUUUAAAAGAUGAAGGUGAUGUCUGUACUUCCUUGAGUAAUUUGGAAGAAAAAGUCCGGUCAGAAUCCAUUGAAGCCAUCUUGCCAGAAAGAUGUAGUGAUCAGAAAAAAGUUUCUUCUCCUGAAAUGUCACAAAGCUGUGAUUUUUUAAAAGACCAAGUAGAAACUUGUAUGUCUAAAGAUGCUGAGGAAAAGCGACUAGAUACUCGUGCAAGUGGUGUUUCUGCCUCUCAAGAAAGAAGUCCAUCAAAAAGUAUAAAGCCUACUUUGCUUAUGAGGGGUCCUCUUCCGAGGCCAAAGCCAAACAUAUCCAGAGCAGCUAAAAAGAAAGCAGUUUCUUCAGAAGGAGAGGGAAGUACAGAAGACAAAGCUGGAAAAGAUACGGAAGACAAAUUAGGAAAAAUAUCCUCAUUAAUGCAUGAUUCUGGAAAACAGGUGGCAACAUUUUCUGAAACUUGGAGACCAGAGAAUUGUGCAGAUGAUAUUAAACUGGAGGAUUCCAAAACAAACAAACACUCUGAAAUAUAUGCAUCUUCAGAGCAGUCCCUAGGAGGUGAAAGUCAAAUAAGAAGAGAAAUCUCUAACUCCCAUUCUGUCCAGGAGAGAACAUCUGAAACACUGAAAAGAAAACAGCCGGAAAGGACAUUGAAGCAGAGGAAACCCAUCCGUGACUCGAGGGCAAAGUAUUCUGCUUCUGAAUGUGAGAUUGAUCAUAAUGAAAAGGGAAGACGCCUCCAAAAGGUUAAACCAAAUGUCAGCAGAGGUAGACGCUUAAAACCAGCCCCUGGCAAGAAACCCAGAAAGGAGUAUGGAAGUUCAAAGGUUAAUCUGGUGACCCUUAGGGCUUCUUCUCAAGAGGAAGAAGAUGAUGACGAUGAUGAUGUGGAUGACUUUGAGCCAGACUACGAAACUGAAUGCUUUUUGCCAGAGGAAGUAAACAAAGCGCCAGUGUUUGUUCCUAAAGGGCUUCGAUCUCCAAAUCCAGUUCCUGUUCAGAUUGAAGAAACUAUGGAAGAGCUUGAGAUAUAUGAGAAUAUCCCAGAGGAGGUGUGUGUUGCUACUACUGAAUGUCUGUCCCAUGAACAGAGUAUAAGUGCUGAGGCUGUUAUACAGGAAGAUACAGAAUUGUGGUCUUCACAAUUAGUGAUUAUACAAGAGAGGCCAGAAAUGAAAAAAGGGGAGAAUGAUGGCAGCACUGAAGCAGCCAUGACUCUUCUUGCUAUGAGAGAUCCAGCAUUCCAGUUGAGCAUCAGCACCCAGGAAAACCUGCAGAAAUGUCCUGAUCAAGAUGAACAAACUGUUGCUGAUAGCUUCCUGAAUAAGCAUAAUGAAGAGCAAAGUGUAUUGGACAGUAAUGUGCCUCUUUCUGCCCCUUCAAAGCCUGCGCUGAUAUCCUUCAACAGUGCAAGCAAAACUGCUCCAGAGGAUCACAAUAUUGAGCGAUCGGGUUUGGAAGGUGACUGGACUGCAGCCACUGAGGUGAUACUUCCUGGCCCUUCACACCAGGAAGCGGUUUCGUCACACAAUGUGAACAAAGCUGCUCUUGCAGAUCGCAAUGCGUUUGGUUUGGAGGGAUGCUCGCAAAAAGCCAGUAGGGUCUGCAGUGAUGGUUCUUCUUCAAAAGGAAAUAAAAUAUUCAGACCAGCAAGAUGCAGAUUUCCUAAGCCUAAACCAAAUCUUGGCAGAGGCAUAGGGAUAAAUAGGAGUGCGUCUUCAAAACGUUUGGGUGUAGGUGUGGAGCAAUCUAAUCAAACCCAGAAUGAGGAGAAUGAGCCACAAUAUACUGCAGAAAAUCAGAAAGUUGAUCUGGAACAGAAUCUCAGAAUGGAUGCACUCCCUAAGAGCAGCUAUGUAGACAAGCAUGAUUUUCAGCUUGGAAGAUCCAGCCAUGCCACACAGAAAAACAGCAAUGAAAGGUACACACACAACUUCUGUAAGAACUCGGCAAGGGAGGCUUCACAAGUCAUAUCAGUGUCCAGUGAUCCAGAACCUUCUCCACGAACAGAAGCUUGGCCUUCUGAACUGCCAAAUGACUCCAACUCAAGAAUAAAUGUUGAACUCCCUGAAAAAGAUUCUGAUUCUGUUGAACACCAUUUGUCUUCAGAAGUACGACAGGCUGAAGAAAGCAAGCAUUCUGGUAGUUCAGCAAUCACAGAGAUGACUACAGUGAGUGCAGGAGUCAAAGAAUGCCCAGUAGUAGAAGAGGAGCAGACAAUCAUUUUAACAUUGGUGGAAAUCUCAGCUGAUUCGCAAGAUUGCUGUGGCAUGUCUGCUUCUGAGGAGCUGCUUCCAGCACCGGUAUUUUUCACAUCAGAUAAUAUGGUACCGGUGGAAUUGACAAGAGAAGAUAGCAGUGGAUCCGUAAGAGCUGCAGCGGAAGAAAAUACAGUCUCUAUGGUCAAUAUUACUGGAAUAGGUGGACUUCAGACUACCCCAGCAGAGAAACCAGCUGACUGUGGUUCAACCUCUUUGAAAGAUCGGAAGAGACAUGCUGUGGAUCUUGAGGGAAGUAGUGAUUCUCCUGAGAAGAAAAAACUUUCCACAGGGGAAAGCUUGAAAUGCUUAAAUCAGGAGGUCUCGCUUAAAUCCCACUCCAUAGCAAGGAAAACUGCUGAAAGAAGCUCAGAAAAAUUGAGCAUUUCAAAGAAGCAAACCUCAGCUACCUCUAGAUUAGUACCUGAGCCUACAGAGUCACACACGAUAGAAGAAAAAGAGAAGACUCUGUCUUCUCUGCGGCUUGGUGUACCACCUGAUGAAGAUGAGCAGGUGUCAAGAACACUGUAUUCAGGAAAAGCAGGAACCAGUGAAGAACAAAGAAGCAUUGUUGACAUUUACAAACCUGUACGAUCACGGCAAAUUGGAAGCACAGCAGUCCUUCCAAGAAAACCAUCAUCCAGGCCAUAUCAAAGAUCUUUGGGAUUCUUACCUUUAAUCUGCAAGACUAAUACUGAAGAAGGGAAUAAACAGAAGAAGCCUCAUAAAGAUGUUUCCAAAAGCACUCUUGAACGUCCAAUUUUGUCCUCAAAGAACAAGGAAGAUAUUCAAAGGAACAGUUCCUUUCCACUAGCUGUCUCAGCAUCCUCCAAUUGUGAGAAUGUAAGCUCUUCUGCUAUUCAGGUUUCCUCUGAGCAAUGUGAGAAUGAAAGUUCUAAGCAGCAGGAAAAAAGUGAAGAACCAACUAAGAUCUCAGAAUAUUUCUUUAGAGAUAUUUUUAUGGAGGUGGAUGAUUCAGAAUAA